AUGCGACGACGUUGUGCAUGCGUGCACGUUAAAUCGGCGGUCGCUGAAAAGGCAGAAAAAUUCUAUGUUCCGACCGUCAACCCCAACAUCCUCACAACCAGCAUGACCCUACUGCCUCGGCAUGGAGGCCAACAAAUUGAAGAGGAUCCCGAUGAUUUUGGAACUCAGGGCAAAACGCAUCGAGUGAAACGUGAAAAAGAAGCAAAGUCCCGAAGAACUGCUCAGGGCCGAAAGGCAGGUACCCUUCUACUGCAGGGAUAUCAAUUGAUUUUGUGGAAACAAUGCCACACGUUAGUUCAUGGGCACGGGUUUCCAGAACAAUUCGAGGGAGUAGUUCGUGAUCUCUGGGCUCUGAGGCUUCAGGGUCUUGCACGGAAAAUCAAUCAAUCUGCAGCGGAUGAGGAUCCGGAGAGUGAGACUGAGCUCUUCAGCUCCCAAGCUUCACCGUCAGAAACGGAUGAUUCCGAUAAUUUAUCCUUCAAGUCAAAUUCAAGGUUUCUCGAAUGGCCACGAAUGGUUGAUUCCAUUGCUACGUGCUACCUAGCAGCAGUUUUGAUGCGACUCCCAGUUUGCAUCUACGACUUUCGUCGAGAUAAUGCGGUCUUCUACCAACGAAAAUUCGGUAUUGAACUUCCACCAUUGAACGCCCCCUUGAUCUUAUAUCGCCAUAUCAAACGAUUAGGGGUUCCAAUUGAUGUCUAUGAGAUCACCAAAACAUUGCAAACCCUCCUUGACUUCGAAUUCACGUACCCAAAUAUCCCUCCAGAACAGCAGCGGAUACAUGGGCUUCAUCUUCCAGAAGUUCAGUUGGUGGUUCUCAUUGUCUUAGCAACCAAAUUGCUAUUCCCAUUUGAUGAUCUAGAGAGACACCCGAUCACGGCCUUCGAACCCGCUGCUCAGGGUAUAGACUGGGAUAAGUGGCUACAAGCGCAGCAGAACUUUGAUUCCCAAAACAACCCCCAUGGGAUACUAGGAAAAGAAAAGGUCAUUGGAGUGACCGAAAGAGAUGUCUUAAAGAUGGAACCUGAGCAACUAGACGGCUACAUGGAUUGGUAUGAGAAAAACUGGUUAACCAAAACCACGAGCAAGAAUCCAAAUGCCGACAUGUUCCCCCUCUCUCGCCCAGCCAAUCAAGAUCCAUCGAACUCUAACAACAAUCGUUUGGCUUCGCAAAAUAACGUUGAUGAAAAUGAACUCUUGAACGGUAUGGGGCGAACGGUGAAUGAAAGUAUACUCGCCAUUCCCCCGAUUCCUCCUGAAGAAGGAAAGAGGACACCCAGACCAGGCAUGUGGUUUCAACGAUACCGAUGGGAAUCCAGUCUUCCGAAGACACCGCGAGUCUUCUACCAGCUAGCUGCUCAGCUUGGGGGUGUUUCAUUGCCAUAUCUUGUUAGAGUUGUCUCAAGAGCUGAAUGGCGAGUUUCGAAAUGGCAAAAUAGCCAGAGACGGACAGACUACAUUGAACAUGGACGGGAGUCUGACGACGAGGAAGAAGAAGAUCCUUUUGGGGAUGGUGAGGGGGUAAAUGCGGCCCGCCCACCUUUGCUAAGCGAGAAUUCCUCAAAUUGUCAUCGCCUCCUCCGCCUCGAACCCAGCGACCGACCGCCGACACCAACGAAAACUCGCAACCAUUUCGUCAAGACCCUGACGGGUAAGACCAUUACCCUCGACGUCGAGUCGAGCGACACCAUCGACAACGUCAAGACCAAGAUCCAGGACAAGGAGGGCAUUCCCCCUGAUCAGCAGCGUCUGAUCUUCGCCGGCAAGCAGCUCGAGGAUGGUCGCACCCUGAGCGACUACAACAUCCAGAAGGAGUCGACUCUUCACCUUGUCCUCCGUCUGCGUGGUGGUAUUAUUGAGCCUUCCCUGAAGGCCCUUGCCUCCAAGUACAACUGCGAGAAGUCCAUCUGCCGCAAGUGUUACGCCCGUCUCCCUCCCCGUGCCACCAACUGCCGUAAGAAGAAGUGCGGUCACACCAACCAGCUCCGCCCCAAGAAGAAGCUCAAAUAG